CCUAGUGCCUAUAUAUGAGGCAGCUACUCUCAUCUUCAACUUGCAAACAUGUUCUUGGUUUACAAUCUAAACACCAAAAUAUGGCAGCAGUUGUGGAUUGUGAUCAGCGUGAGAAGGAGCUGAAAGCAUUCGACGAAAGCAAAGCUGGCGUCAAAGGAAUUGCAGACACUGGGGUGACCAAGCUCCCAACCAUGUUCAUACACCCUCCGGAGAAUCUACUAAACUCGGCAUUCCCAGAAGAUGAUGAGCAACAUCACAAAAUUCGCAACCUUCAAGUUCCGGUGAUUGAUCUCAGCGGUUUUGAUAACAGCGAGAGGCGAAAAGAAAUCGUCAAUGACAUAAACAAAGCAGCUGAGUCAUGGGGCUUCUUUCAGUUGGUGAACCAUGGAAUUCCGCUUAAUGUUAUGGAGGGGAUCCAGAAAAGUAUCCGAGGGUUUCAUGAGCUGCCCCAGGAGGAGAAGGUGAAGUGGUACUCGCGUGAUUUUACGCAGAAGGUUAACUUCUUCAGCAAUGGAGAUUUGAAGGUGUCGACGCCAGCUGACUGGAGGGAUACCUUGUCAUGCAAGGUCCUGGAAGACCCAGAAAGCUUUGAAGCAAUACCGCAAGUGUGCAGACGAGAAGUUAGUGAGUAUAUGAAACGCAUCGAUGGAGUGCAAGAGAAGUUAUCCGAGUUAUUUUCAGAAGCUUUAGGUCUCAAUAGUGAUUAUCUUGCAAGCACAGGGUGCUUCAAAUCGAGGUCACUGGCGUGCCACUAUUUCCCGAUUUGCCCUGAACCGCAUUUGACUAUGGGCGGAACCAAGCAUUCGGACCUCUCGUUUCUCACCUUGCUCCUUCAAGACAGUGUUGGCGGCCUACAAGUUUUUCAUCAAAAUGUUUGGAUUGAUGUUCCCCCAGUGAAGGGAGCUUUGCUAGCAAAUAUUGCUGACAUGAUGCAGAUCAUUACAAAUGGCAAGUUCAAAAGCGUGGAGCAUAGAGUUUUGAUGAAACCAACCGUCGAGCCUCGUAUCUCAAUUGCAUGUUUUUUGGGUACGGAUGACCUCCAAAAACCAUACGGGCCGAUAAAAGAACUUACAUCGGAAAACAAUCCACCGAUUUAUAGCGAAGUCAAAUUCGGAGAAUACAUGAAAAAGUAUAAACUAUAAGUUACAUGAAAGGCCAUUAAUGGUGAACUUUGCAUUCCAUCAAUUUAGAUAUUGUACUAAGUCCAUGUUGGAGUGCGACAAUUAUGUCGAAACUUGAAAGUGAUAUAUGGACGUAUUGAUUAUGCGGCCAUACCUAUGUUUAAUUUCAACUCUUGUGUACUAGUGGAACUCUCUUUUUCUAAA